AAGAAAACGUUUUUCUGAGAGUAACAGGCCUUUUUCUUUUCUUUCCCUAAAGCCUUUCCAAACAAAGCAGGCGCAGCCCGUUUCCGCCCAUUUGGUAUUAAUCCUAUGAUGCACGCUUAUCUGAAAAUACUGAGCUCCUUUGAACUCAAUUCAUUUGCCUUUGAGUAAACAUGUAUAGGAUUGCGUUUAACCGCGUGCGGCUGCCAGACAGGCAGAUCUGAACCCCACCAUCUUUCUCUCUUUUGACUAAUAAAGCACUGCACUAUUUCGUCAGCUCAACAAUUCAAGCAGGAGGGGUGUCCCGCCUGUCUGGCCGCAGCGCCGCGCCAAAACCCUGCGCAGCCUCCUUGCCUUCGCACGUUAGGGGUCGCCAACGGGCUCGACAAAGGGGAAGGCGGAGUCGCCGCCUCGAUUUUGCCGCUAGGCUGUUCCGCCAGCCGUGGGUUGGUUAGCCUCCUUCCCGGGCUGCGUACAGAGCGCGAGGCACGCCCGAAAUAAGGAACCCGAUGGCCGGAGAGGAAGGAGGUAGCUCGGGAUCGUCUCCUGCUGCGGAGCCCAGUCCUGGCGGCGGCGAGGCUGGUGCGGCUGGAGGAGAGAGCGGUUGUAGCGGCGGCGGCUACGACGGCAAGUGCAUUUUCUGCCGCAUCACCCAUGGGGAGGAGACGGACACCGAGUUUCUGUCUUGCGAGCAUGAAGACUUGGUGUGCUUUAGAGAUAUCAGACCUGGAGCUCCACAUCAUUAUUUAGUUGUGCCAAAAAAACAUGUAGGAAAUUGCAAGACUCUAAAGAGUGAGCAUAUACCAUUAGUGGAAAGAAUGAUGGCAGCUGGAAAGACUAUCCUUCAUCGGAAUAAGUUUAAUGACUUGAACGAUAUAAGGAUGGGUUUUCACUGGCCUCCAUUCUGCUCAAUAGCUCACUUGCAUCUUCAUGUCCUAGCUCCAGCUAGUCAGCUGGGAUUCUUGUCCCGAAUGAUUUACAGAAUCAAUUCCUAUUGGUUUAUCACAGCUGAACAACUCUUGGAACGGCUGAAGGCUGAAAGUGCUACUAUCUGAAAAGCACUUGUUCUAGAUCACAUGUCUUUGUGAACUAUGACCACUGAUUAUAGGGUUGGAUGUUAUUGUUAAUAUCCCUGAUUUUUGAAAAAUACUACUGAAUUUGCUGCUAUACAGUGGCUGAACUCAUUAAUUAACAUCGUACACAAAACGUCUCGGGCAAAUAUCUGAAUGAAAGAACUGAAUGCUUUCCAGAACAUCCAUAUCUACUGAUCAGAAAAUGAAAAAUACCUGUCCUCCUUCAAAAGCAAGUAGCAAUGGAUCUUGUAAAAGAAGAUGUAAUUAAAAAUUAAUAUAUGCCUCUAGGUUUGACUGUUCUUUGUCUAAACAAUGGAAGGGUUUUGUGCCUAUACUAUACGUUUGUGUCUUUUCUGGCAUUGCAAUGCUAGUGAUAGCUAUGAUGUCUUGGUGCUAAAUCACGUACUAUCCGCAUGUACAUGACUGUAUGCACAGCAGGAGCUCUUAAUAAGCCAUUGUGACCAGAGUGUGACUUCUGUACUUCUAAUGUGAGACAUUACACUGUUAGUAGGUUGGACUAGGAUAAGAUGUUGAAUGUGGACUACUGUAAACAAAUAUAACAAGUUAAAUGCAUGCAUUUAAGAAUAGGUAGAAAGUGAAUUAUAGUACAAGUUGACAUAAAGCAAUGGUUUCUUUGGGCCUAGCCUGUAGUGUUAAGGUAUCAAAUAUACCGAGUACAAAAGGCUUAUGCUGGAACUAAACUUGUAACCUAAAUACUGCUUUGAAUGUUUGGGAAACUUGAAGCAUGUUGGGGUGUUUCCACUAUGCAGACAGACCUUGGAAUUAUUGUUUACUAGUAUUUAUACUACAGGAAGUACCCAGAAUACCUUACAACACAGAAAAAGUUGAUACAUUAAAAUGUAAACUCAACAAGACCAAGCAAUGCUUUUUUUAAAGACCAAAAACACUGAAACCAUACGUGGAAGGCUAUUAUAUCCAAAUCUUGUGUAUCAUCAAGUUUUGGGAGUGCUAUACAUCAUUCACAAAUGUCCCAUCUGGACUGAGUAGAGGCUUCAUAGUUGGCUAUAUAGCAUGUUGCUUGUUCACCUUAAGUGACUGCAACAUCAGCUCAAUCAUCUCGCCCAACAAAUUUUUCUUGGUCUUAGGUUGCCUCUACAGCCUGAAUGUCAAGACUGCAGAUGCUUUUAAGACUUGGUAUAAAAGGGCUUCUACAGCACAUCUUUGAAAUCAUAAUUAUCUGGCUUUUACAAUGUGGCUUUAUGCAGACAUCCUAAGUUCACUCAGAUCUUACCACAAAAUUAACCUGAACAAGUGCUUAUUGAAAUUGUGCAUUUUGGUACCUGCUGGAUUUCCAGUUAUUUAGCAGUUUAAUGUUCAAAUUAUGCCAAAAUAAGACAACACUCAAUGCAUCUUUUUUAUAGUUUCAUCAAGUUUUAAACCUUUAUUUAUUGCAUGUAUUUAUUUGGAUACUUGAGUCUGGAUUCUAACUGCUGUUGGUUAAAGUAAUCUACUCAUUCCUUUAGGAAAGUAGUGAGUUAAAAGUUGUAUUUAUACCAUGUUGAAAUAUGUUAAAAAGUAAAUGUAUGGAAAACAAUUGUGAUUGUGAGUUUAUAUAACAAAACUGGAACGUACUAUUGGAAACUUAAUAGUAAGCAAUACUGUUUGAGAAAGAAAAUCCUAAUAAAAAUAAAAAUUAGUAUAGAUGAACCCCUUGAA